AUGAAGGCUGUAGCUCUCUUCAUUUGUCUUCUAGGAUCAGCUUUUGCUAUUCCAACCCAUCCCUUAAACAACAAACUUGGAACCCAUGGACAGAAAGCUCCAGAAAAGACUGAAGAGCUUCAUCAUGAAGCCCCACAGGAAGAGAAGGCAGGGUAUGCAGACAAAGCUGAUUUGCUGCCUGGUCACAGAAACCUAGAACCAGAUUUACCAGCAGCAGAUGCUGAGCACAGGGAUGAGCCCCAGCCCACUAGAAAACUAAGGAGAACAGGUAGCGAGCACCAAGGGAAAAACAGCCUCAAAAGCAUCAAUUUCCUUGCGCUGAGCAACAAACCAGGCUUGGCUUCUGAUAACCAGGAGAGUGACUCUGGAAGCAGUGGCAGAGAACUGUUCAGUUCUGAGCAUUCCCAGUUCAGGAAGCAGGAGAAACACAGCAAUGCAGCCAGUCGACAUGGUCUGGGCAGUGCAGAAAGUCCAGUGGAUGCUCUGAGCCUUGAUCAUGAGCAUAAUGUAUGGAAAUACAACAAAAACACAGUUGGCCUGUCUGAAAACAGCAGGGAAAGUGAUGAAGAAGAAGGUGUGGAAGAGGAGGAGGAGGAAUGGGGUGAAGAAACUGAUCACAGGUAUAUGAAGCACAAAGAUCACCAGACAAAUCAAAGCAACCAGCACAAAAGACAACGAAAUGAAAACAGGAUGCAAGGUGAUGAAGCCCUCAGAGCUCCCAGCCAAUCCAUCUGGAUAACCAAGAGAGAGAAACUGGACCUAGAGGGAGAAGAGAGUGAGAACAGCCAGAAGAAGCCUUAUCAAGGAGUCCCCCUCCCUCCAAAACCCCUUCGUGAAGAUCAGGAUGACAAAUGGCAAAGCCAAGAGAGGAAAACCCAAAGUCAAGUCCAUGAUCAGAGUGAUCACAACACGGUGGUGAAGAGACAAGAUAUGGAGGAUGUUGAUGAUAAUGGUCACAACAGCAGUGAUGUUGAUGGUGAGGAAGAUCUUAGCAACACCUGGAAAGAAGCAGCCUAUGAGGAAGAGGAGAGAAUCCAGAGUAAUAACCAGGAGAGCACCAGUACUGAGUACAAAGGAAUCACUGAAGAUCACAUUGCAAGUCGGCAGGACCCUGAGGGCUACCAAGAUGUCAAGGUUCAAGAUUGUCUUUCCUCUGAACAAGGUGACUGUGAGCCACCUACCUCUGACAGUGAGAAGCAACAACUGGAAACAGGUGGCUCUGUUCAGAGCAUGAGUUCAACAGAAAAUGAAGAGAAGUUGAAGACUACAGGCAGCUCCCAUGGUGACAUGGAAAGUGGAAGUAACAGGAGUGAGAAGGCUCUCCUGGAUCCCUGUCGGAACUUCCACUGCAAAAGGGGUAAAGUCUGCCAGGUGGACAAACAAGGGAAACCCAGCUGUGUGUGCCAAGAUCCUGCUGCUUGUCCUUCUACCAAAGACUAUGAGCGUGUUUGUGGUACAGAUAAUAAGACUUAUGAGGGUACCUGUCAACUUUUUGGCACCAAAUGUCAACUUGAAGGGACAAAAAUGGGACGCCAGUUGCACCUGGACUAUAUGGGCUCCUGCAAAUACAUCCCUCACUGCACGGACUAUGAAGUGGAUCAGUUCCCUCUCCGGAUGAGAGACUGGCUGAAGAACAUCCUCAUGCAGUACUAUGAACGUGACCUGGAUACUGCUGGAUUUCUAACUGAGAAGCAAAUGAGUAAGAUCAAAAAAAUCUACCAGAACGACAAGCGCCUUGUUGCUGGUGACCACGGCGUUGAGCUGCUCCUGCAUGACUUUGAGAAAAAUUACCACAUGUAUGUGUAUCCUGUGCAUUGGCAGUUUCAUCAGCUUGAUCAGCACCCUGCUGACAGGUUACUAACACACUCAGAGCUGGCACCUUUGAGAGCCUCCCUUGUUCCCAUGGAACACUGCAUCACCCGUUUCUUCCAGGAGUGUGAUGGGGACCAAGACAAACUCAUUGCUUUGAAGGAAUGGUGUCACUGCUUUGGGAUCAAGGAAGAAGACAUAAAUGAAAGUCUCCUGUUCUGA